AUGUCCGGCAUACAGACCUACACAUCUGCGCCCCUCAAUUCCAACAAGGAAGAGGACUCUACUCCCACCCAAGCAACCACCUCAAACCUCGAACCCGCCACCGCAACCGACGCUUCAACAACAGCAACCACCGAUCUCCCAAACCCCUCAGCACCAGCUACAGCCACAGCCACAGCACCAUCCUACUCUCCCAUCCCUGCACCAGCGCAGAAUGCCCAGCCAGGCGCCGCUCCCAGCCUCCCAACACCAACACCAGCAUCCGCCACUGCUGCCCCAUCAGCAAACUUAACCGGCACUCCAACAACCACCCUGCCACCAACCUCGUCCUCCCCAGCACCACCUCAACCCGGCGCCGUCCCAACCGCAACACCUCCAAACCAACAAGCACAAUCCCCCGUACCCCCCCCACCGAAGGCAGGCGAAGCCAUCCCACAACAUCCUCCCACCCACCCAACAGGACCGGCGCAGGCACAGGCACCGCCGGCCGCAUUCACACAGUCCUACUCCUUCCACCGCUCCCCACAGUCCCACCACCCCCCAAACUCUACCUCUUCGCAGCCCGGUCUCCCUCUGCAUAGCGGUGGGAGUGGUGGUGGUGGAGGCGGCGGUGGUGGCGCGGGGGAUAUCUUCCCUGACGAAGAAGAGGGAUUUAUGGGAACGGCUAGGUCGUGGAUGCAGAGUGCUGGGACGAAGUUGGCGGAGGUUGAGGCUGAGGUGUGGAAGCGGAUUAAUGAUGCACAUGGUAAAUAG